CUUUAAGAAACGGCACUGACAAUAUUUGCUUUGCCCAGCUCGCCGCUUGUUGCUGUGUUUUCAACCAGAAAGAGGCAGAAAGGGCAUGUUUGUCUCUGUAAGUAGUAGCUCAUAAGGUGCUCUCCGGGGACGAGAGGGACGCAGCUUGAAUUAAAAAAUUGUAUUUCUUCAGUUUUAAUGGUCAGUCUGUCCGUCUAACCGCAACAAUCUCAGGACGAUACAUUCGUUUGGACGGUGCUGAGCGGAAAGAGCGGCGGACAUUGCAGGGAUGGAUGGACCUAUAAAGCAGUCGUCGUCGUGAGGCAGGCGCUAAUUUGGACGUCCUGAGCAGCAGCAGGUGUACGGAAGGAUAAAAGCUGCACCGGAGGGAAUCUCAGUGUUCAUGAAACUUUGCUACGAUUUACGUGCUGGGGUUGCCGUCCGCCAUGUUAAGGUAAAGCCCAGGUGUGCGGUGUUGACCAUGCUAAAGCGCCUGGACAAGAUCCGCUUCCGAGGCCCCAGAACGAGAGACGACUUCCCGGAUCUGGGCGAGUCGCCGCCUGCCUCCGACAAUGAAUGUAACGACGAGGUGCAGCUGAAGCCCCGAGCGGCUCUGCGGGAUACGGAGGAUGUCCUGCGAGACCCUGCUGGAUCGGGGUCUCCCACGAUGGCAGCUUCUGUUCAGGACUUCCAGAGGUCAGAGUCAGAACGUCUCAGUGAAGUCAAAGGUCACUUGGAAAUUGCCUUAUUGGAGAAACAUUUCCUACAGGAGGAGCUCAGGAAGUUACGAGAAGAGACGAAUGUGGACUCCCUGCGGCAGGAGCUGGAAAGAGAGCGGAGUAAAAGGCUGGAUCUGGAGCAGAAGAUGAAUGAGGUCCUCAGAACGAGGUUGGAGGACUCUCCACCACAGCCUCCCCGAAAACAGCAGUCACCCUCCAACAAUGGGACAGAGAAACGGCAGAAAGAAGUGUGGAGUUCGCGGCUGCAGAAGUGGCUCUACGAGCGAUUUGGGGAUUACAUAGAAGACUUCCGCUUCCAGCCAGAGGAGAACACUGUGGAGACAGAGGAGCCCCUAAGUGCUAAAAGGUUGACAGAAAACAUGAGGCGACUCAAACGAGGAGCCAGACCUGUCACUAACUUUUUAAGGAACCUCUCCGCCUUAUCUAAUUGGCAUUCUGUCUACACCUCAGCUAUUGCCUUCAUUAUUUACAUGAAUGCUGCUUGGCAUGGCUGGGCCAUUCCCAUGUUCCUGUUCCUGGCCAUCCUGCGCUUGUCUUUGAAUUACCUCAUUGCCAGAGGGUGGAGGAUUCAGUGGAGCAUUGUGCCUGAAGUUUCAGAACCCAUGGAGCCCCCAAAGGAAGACUUGACUGUAUCUGAAAAGUUUCAGCUUGUACUCGAUGUUGCACAAAAAGCUCAGAACAUUUUUGGUAAGAUGGCAGAUGUUCUGGAGAAGAUUAAGAACCUGUUUAUGUGGGUACAGCCUGAUAUCACGCGGAAGCUUUACAUCUGCCUGUGGGUUGCUUUCAUCAUCUCCUGCGUCCUCCCGUACAAGCUGAUGGGUUUCAUGAUGGGAGUGUACGCCGGGAUCAAGUUCUUCGUCAUAGACUUCCUGUUUAAGAGCUGUCCGAAGCUCCGGGACAAGUACGACACACCGUACAUCGUGUGGAACAGCCUUCCCACCGACCCCCAGCUCAAAGAGAGGACCAACGCCACCGUGUCACGGCGGGUUCAGCCGGUGGUGUCUCGGAGCAGCCUAGCUGCAGUCCCAAGCGGGAUGAGCAGAGAGGACGACACGGGUCGCUCUCACAGCACCAAAAAGGGACCCUUUCAUGAGAUCUUCAACCUGUCAGAAUCAGAGCGCCCUCUGGCGGUGUGUGAGAACGGCUGGAGGUGUUGUCUGAUAAACAGAGAUAGGAAGAUGCCCACAGACUACAUCAGGAAUGGAGUGCUUUACGUCACAGAGAAUUAUCUUUGCUUUGAGAGCUCCAGCUCCAAAUCCAGCUCCUCCAAGAAGAAUAAAGUGAUUAAGCUAGUGGACAUCACGGACAUACAGAAGUACAAAGUGCUGUCAGUCCUGCCAGGAAGCGGUAUGGGCAUCUCUAUAGCUACUCCGUCCACUCAGAAGCCGCUGGUGUUUGGUGCCAUGAUCCACAGAGACGAGGCGUUCGAGACCAUCUACACCCAAUACAUAAAGAUUAUGACCACCUCCAAACCACUGGCCAGCGCAGAACUUUAGGCUACCUGUUCCUCAUUUCCACUCCUUCUUUGAGGGGGCUGAAAACAGAAGCAGGGGGGCUUCUGACCUGGAAGAUUCGCUUAAACUCCUCCUGCUCUCUGGAUGUCUGGAUGAGUCAGCUUCUUUUUGAAGGCUCUUGGUCCUGCUUCAGCGGGCGGACACUGUUCAUCCUGAAGGGGAUCAGUGUAGUUUUUAUCAAUCCAGCAGAGGGCUGUUGAGGAGCUGGAUCUCCUCCUCCACCUCACAGACCACCUGACUUUUUCUGGCUUUCUUGUUUCCAGUGUUGCAUGUGUGAGUGUGUGUGCUGUUGUGCUCUGUUUUUUUUCUUUACUCCUCAGUCAGCGGGGAUGUCUGCUGUGAUGGGAAGCUUUCUCUAGCAGAUAACAGAACCAACUUCAAACUGCCAGACGCACACAGGAGCCGACUCAGACGUUGUUGUAUAUCAAAGUAUUCAUGUCGAACCGGUGCCUCUUGGCUAAACCCAACAAAACCAUAGGUGUGAACAUGUCUGAGUGUUCAGCGACUGUUCCUCCUCAGUGUUUCUUAGCUGUGAAAAUGUCUGCGUAUGACUGACUUGGAGCCUUUCUGUUGGUUUACAUUGCUGUUCUUCGUUUUAAACACAUUUCAGCAGCGACAGAGCCGUCACUGUCCAGCUCACAAACUGAAUAACGUUCGGCCUCUGCUUCUGUGUUUGUAAGUGCAGACGUGAAAUGUGACGUGGAUUUUUUUUUAAUUUUUUUUUGCCUUGUUAUUCUUUGGAAGUCGUUUGUUUGUCUUGUUAACAAACCGCCUUUUCGGAUGCGUACCUGAUAGUCAGGCGAGCUGCCGAUCGUAUCCAGGACGGGAGCACAAUGCUGACUGCCAUUUAGAUGAAAACACAGCCUCCCAUGUUUAAACCUCUUCGUGUUAGAGCACAAGCUGUACGUAUAUGAAGAAAUCUAUUUUUAAUUUUUUUACAUAGCUGGUAUUUUUCCUGCACUUUACCACAAUUCCUGGCUCGACUUGUUGGGAUGUGUGUUUGACUCUUAAAUCCUCACGCAUUCAGCUGGUCAGCAUAAGCCGACUCUUUAAAUUCCAUGGAAAAAACGUGCAAUUAAAAUACUAAAAAGUAUUCUCAUAUUAUGAAUUAUUUGGAAAUCCAGGCCAGCUUAUCCAGAGAAACGUAGGAAACGCCUCUGAUUUAUCUCACCGGAGCUGUUUUUGGCUUGUUGGAGCAGUGAAACUUGACUAGGAAUAGGUUAAAACAAUGAUUGUAGGACAUACAGUGCCUCACAAAAAACAUUCUAGUCUGUCAAUCCUCGGUUGGAUCUAGGUCUGGACUUUGACUAGGCCUUUCUAACUUAAGAACGUGUUGAUCUAUAUCUUUUAUAAAAGCCAGAUUUGUGGAGUGGAUAACUAAUAGUUGACCUGUACACGGAUUGUCCCACCUGAUCUCUGCAGCUCCUCCAGAGGUACCAUAGGCCUCUCUUGAUUAAUGCUCUUCUUGCAUGGCGAUCAGUUUAGGUUGAAUACUUUUGUAAGGCACUGUACCUGCUUCCUCCCCCCUCUGUCUGUAACAACACAGGUACUACCCGUGUUCCAGCUCACGUGUUCUCGAGCAAGAGUCCAACGCUUUGACUAAAACCAAUUCUCCCGUGUCACUUUAUUUUGAGGUUCACAAGAAUAAAGCCGGUCUUUGCUCUUGUGGAAUGGCUUAAUAUCUCUAAGAAAUGUAAUGCCAAACCACAUAAAACACUCUAUGGUGUUUUAGUGAGAAGAAUGCAGUGGAGGACUGGAGGAUUAUCCUUGGGUUUUAGAUCUAGUGUAGCUCGGUUACUUUCCAGCAGCACAACAUUGAGCAUUCAUGUAUGUCCUAAGCACUGUUAAAGGGGGGGGGGGGAAGCCUUGACAUUUACAGUUUCCUCACCUUAUUUCUUCUUUUUACUUUCUGAUUUUGGUUCUGGUGUCUGAGAUCCUCCAGGGAAGCAGAGGAUUUAGUUAAACUGUGCUUCAGAACUGUCCUCACACUGGAAAUGUCAAGGUUUCUCUCAUAUCCCAACUCCUUUUCUCUUCCUUAAUCUGGAUCAACAAAACUGGAUAUGAAGCUGCUUAAAAGGCAGCAGACCAGUUGAGUCCAUUUUAGUGUGAAAAGAUUGUUUUGUUGUUGUUUUUUGAAGCUUUUUAUUUACCUUUUGGAACCUGUUCACUCUGAUAGUUGCUGGAUCAUAACAAGGCUGUGCUCAUAUAUAGCAAAGAAUGUACUAUAUAAUAAAGCCUCCACUUUCCUGGAACAUACAGGUUAAUUUCCCAGAACUUAGGCCCUUUUCCUCCAUUUCUGAAAAAUGAUCUACAUUCUGUAGGUUUUUUUUAAAUUUGUUUUAUGAAAAACACUAUUACUUGUGAUGCACCAGCAGGUGGAGAUCCUGAGCAUGGUUAAAGUUCUCCCUAAACAACUGUAGCUCACGUUUUCUCUGACCCAGUUGAACUUUUUCAUCUCCAUAGUCCACUUCUUGGAUUGAAAGUAAAACGGAAUGGGGAUAACAAUGGCUUCACUGAUGUUGGGGAUAUGCACGAAGUGAUCCUAUUUGCUACGAUUAAAAAAAAAAAAAAAUCUGUUUGGAUAUCCAGUUCACCCUUAUACCACCAAGUUUAAAAAAAAAACCUUGACUUUGGAUUUCUGUUUUUAAAUGACCCUUUUUUCACCAAAACUAGUGUGUGUAGGGGAGGUGCAGAAUAUCUGGGUUAGUGUGAACAGGGCCACAGAACCUUUCAUGAACUUACCAGGUACUUUCCAGAGUCUCGGUUUUGGAAAGUAAUCUCUACCAGGUACUGUUCUGAUACUUCUCAGGCAUUUUCUGGACCUUACCAGGAACUUUCUCUACACCUAGAAGCUAAUUUCUAAACUUGGUGGAUAUUUUGAGGGAAUAUUCCUUUUUGUUUUUUGGAAUGGGAUAUUCCUGGAAUCUUGUCUGAACGUGGAGAUUACUCACUGGCCACCUGUCCAGGGUGUACUCUGGCCCGUAGACCGCUGGAGAUAAGCACCAGCUCCCCCGCAACCCUGUAUGGAACAAGCGGGUAUAGCAAAUGGAUGGAUGGAGAUUACUUCUGAAAAGUAACCAGUAAAUUCCUGAAAGUAGUUGGUACGGUAAGGCCAGAACCUGUUAAGCUCCACGAAAUUCCCAAGAACGUACCUACUUCCAGUCUUAGAAAGUGCUUAAAAAUCUAGUAGGAUUUCAUAAGUUCCAGAUAAGUUAAUCAAGUUCAAUUCUUUUCUUUUUUUUAAUAUAGCACCAAUUCACCAUAAAUGUUAUCUUUAGGCACUUUACCAGACCAAUAGAUCCAGGAAACCAAGCCCAUUGCAUUGAGUUACUGACUUUGCAGCAGUCCCUCCUCCUGAAUGAGCAUGUAGAGACGGAAAAAUUGAUUGCAUCGAGUUGUUUGCUUUCCAGCAGUCCCUCAUCGUAGACAUGUGUGGUGAUGGUACCCAAUAGGUUGCAAGAAAAUAUCUGGAGAGUUCUGGGAAAGUAAUCUCCAAAGUUCUGGGAAAGCACAGACUAUUCAUGUAGUAUUAUAUUUUUUACAAGUGUAAUGUUGUUUUUUUUUUUGCCAAAACUUUCAUUUCUCUCUGCCAUGCUCUGCCUAUGCUCAUGUUUACAUCAGAAAUUGUUUGAUGGUUUUACUUUUGUAAACCCAGUUUGAGUUCCUUCUACUUUGGAGUCAUGAAGACUGGACUGCUAUUCUAAAAUGUUAAAUUGUUUUUCUUGUUUGUUUCCACUCCCAUGGGCUCAUCACCACUUUCAUGACCCUCUGCACACAAAUAAGAUAUCGACAACAAAAGCAGUAUUUUCAGUUUCAGACUGCAUGUCAAAGUUAAUGUUCAGGUGUAGUUAAAGCUGCCAGAAACAUCAAAAUCACAUGUUUAACAACGAACGGUGGGGCAACAUCGCUGAUUUGUACUAUGAGAAGUUUCAUUUUUCCAAAAUGGAGAUGUUUUCUCUACCCUUUCACCUGAUGUCCUCACUUUCAUCUAGUAUGGCCUUAACUAUGUGUUAGUAUUAAUGAAGUGUUUCCCAAAAACGCAUUUCAUCAUCCAAGAGAUGCUUACUCUAUGGAACAUCUCCAGGGCUCCUGCAGCUUUUUGACAAAUCAAAGUUGUUCUCUCGAGGCUGUAAAACGGCUCAGAUUUCUCGAAUACUUGAUUACUACACAAUCACAACAUACAGUCAGUCAGUUGUGGAAGACGCUGCAGCUUUUACAGAGUAAUUUGUCAGUGAUUGCAGCUGUAAGGAGCUCCUUAUUUUUAUUAGAUUUUUUCUUUCUGUCUCAAAGAGGAAUUUGUAUACGAAAUAAAUGAAAUGUAAAGAAAAGAAACCACUGAGUUUUUAAAAGACAUGUCUAUUAUAAAAGAUGAUGUGAUGUAAAUUUUUUUUAAUUUAAGUAAAGGAAUUUAAGGUAC